AUCCGGGGAAUCCCUCUUUUUCAUUGUGGAUCUGGUUGAGUUAAGUUGGUUAAGUUGUACAUACAGAUACGCAAAUACAAUUCUGCUAAAAAUAAGUUUAUCAAUUUAAAAACGAAUAUUAAUUAAUAUACAUAAUUAUGUCAGUACAUGCAAGACCUGCAACCCAGAGUUCCAUUAAACAUAUAAUGGCAAAACAAGAAUAUGUUACUGAUAAUAUGGAAACUUGUGAAUUUACGUAUGAAUGGACAAUUAAAAACUUCAUUCAGUAUAUAAGUGGUACAAUUGAAUCAUCAAAUUUUUCAUCUCAUUUUUCUGACUUUAACGAUGUAUGGAUUUUAAAAAUAGAUCCGAAUAAAGACUUAGGGACAUCUGGGUACCAGAUGAAGUAUAUGUCAGUACAGUUGAAACUUCAAUCAUUCAAUUCUACUUCACGAUUAUUUACAAAAUGUAAGAUAUUAAUUGACCCGGACAUUGUCAAAGAUGAAGAAUACGAGUUUGAUAAAUUUCCAAAAGAAAGUUCAUGGAUAAAUUGUAUUUCAAGAACAGAUUUGUCAAAAUAUUCUGGUAAAUAUUUACAAAAUGAUGAACUUAAAAUUUCUUGUACUAUGACAAUUUCUAGAGAACGAAAAAAUAAUUCUCCUGUAAUGUCAACAUUCAUUCCAAAGCCAGAAUUGAAUAUAGACUUGAAAAAGCUUUUGAUAACUGAACAAUCAGCUGAUGUCACCGUUAACGUGGGUCAAAAAUCAUUUCGUGUUAUCAAAGGAAUUCUUGCAGCACGUAGUCCUGUUUUUGAUGCAAUGUUUGAUCAUAAACAAUUCAAAGAAAAUAAAGAAAGUGAAGUGAUUAUUGAAGAUAUUGAAGAAGAUGUUUUCGAAGAAUUUUUACAUUAUAUUUAUACUGAGGAAACGGAAAAUGUUAACAAAAUACCAAUGGAAUUACUUGCUGUUGCUGAAAAAUAUCAGGUUGAUCGUCUUAAAAAAAUUUGUGAAGAAAUAAUAUGUGGAACAAUAAACUCUGAUAACGUUUCAAGUAUGCUUAUUUUUUCUGACAAAUACAAUGUUGAAAAAUUGAAGAAAAAAUGUUUGGAAUUUAUAAAAACAAACUUACAAGCUGUUUUGUCAAAGGAAGCAUAUCGAGAUUUAAAAAAAAAACAUCCUGGAGUUUUUUUAAGUGUUCUUGAAGCGAUUGCUGAUGUCAACUGA